AUGGAUGGCCCAGUGGCUCAUCAAUUUCAGAGCCCAGACUACCAGUAUAACAUCAACAGUCCACCAUGGCGAAAACUUCUAUGGGUAAAACAAAACUAUCCAGACAACUAUGUCGACAGUACCUUUCUCGACGAGCUGCAGAAGAACGUUAAUGUUCAUACGUACGAUUAUUGGAAAAUGGUGUAUGAGUCAGGCGUUAUUACACAACACAUUAGCAGUGUGGUGAUUUUUGUUGCCAUAUUCAUCUAUCUGCAAGUGGGCACGUUGGCAGUUACCCAUUUAAUCUGGACGGGUUCGUUAUUGACUGGUGUUGGUUAUGUGUUUUGCGAUCUGGUCAUGACGCGUCGACACCAUGCUAUUGAACGAAAACGCGUUGUUAAGAGCGCCAUAUUCUUCUUUUCAACGCUCUUGGGACUAUCACCGAUUCUUAAAACAUUGACGAGUCAAACAAGUGACGACACAAUCUGGGCAUUGACUGUAUGCUGUUUUCUUGCCAAUGUUCUUUUCCAUGACUAUGUCUCUCAAAGCAGAGCACGCGUAAAGAUACCAGGCUCAUUAUCGACGAAUGCAGCAAUUUUUGGCUCUACUCUGCUUGCAUCUCGUUUUGAUACCAAUUUGGAUGUAUUUGGACUUUUAUCCUUUGCUGUUGAGUGGUUUGCUUUAUUUCCUAUCCUUCGACGUUACCUACAGGAAUUAAGUCCUAAAGUACAAGUAACUCUUACCAUCUUAAUGCUGCUCGUAUCAGUUGCCAUGUUUCUUCGAAUAUCAAGAGCGAUUGUAUUCCUUUACAUGCUAGGCUUCUGUUUCAUCACGUUUAUUUGUCCUUACUGGCUUAUAUUUAUACAAAAGUACAAAAAUGAGAUCCACGGUCCAUGGGAUGAAGCAAGACCUCGCCUUCAAAAGUCCAAAAGGAAUUUCUUUAAAAAACGACCUGCAUAA